AUGAAGCGCCAUGAUCCACGGACGAUCGCCGAUCCCAGUGUAUCUGAUUUGGUCACCACCGGGUCGCUGCGAACAUGGGCACCAGAUUCAAGUCGAACCUUGAGUACUUCAACACCUAUGAAUGAACCACCGCAGCGACCUCGAGUGGCGGUGGUAGGGUCGGGUGUGGCAGGUUUGGCCGCAACUUGGUCACUUAAUGAGCAUAGCAAUGCAGAAGUCCAUCUCUUUGAAGCUGACAAUCGGCCAGGGGGACACGCUAACACUGUUAGGUUUAAGCGUCCUGGUACAAAUGAAGAGGUACAAGGGAUUGAUGUUGAUACUGGAUUUAUUGUUUGCAACCCACCCAGUUAUCCCAACUUCCUUCGUUUCCUCGCACUGCCCGAUGUUAAGGUCCCGGUGGUCCCUACAGAAAUGACAUUCAGUGUUUCGCGAGACAAAGGAGACUUUGAAUGGGCUGGAAAGGAUCCUACGACAUUGUUUUGCCAGAUCCAAAAUCUAUUCCGACCCGGGAUGUGGAGAAUGGUUUGGGAUAUCUUGCGUUUCAAUGCCUCGGCCCGUCGCCUGAUUGAAGAAAGUAGCGAGUCAUCAUCAAAUACAAAGACCGAACUGAGUAUUGGCGAUUACUUGACGCAAGAGGGCUACUCCAAUGAAUUUGUUGAUGACUAUCUUAUACCCAUGACCGCUGCAAUUUGGUCCACACCUCCAGACACCUGUGCUCUCGAUUUCCCCGCCCGUACUCUUAUCAGGUUUAUGCACAAUCAUCAUCUACUUCAGAUUAUAGGAAAGCCAAAGUGGUUGACUAUUCCUGGUGGAUCGCACAAAUACGUCAAUCGUAUAUUAGAUAAACUUCCGAAGCCACAGUUGCAUCUAUCUACGCCCGUCCAGAGCAUCUCAACAUCACCAGGGUCUUCCAAAGUGCAAAUCAAGCUACCCUCCGGCACAGAAGAGUUUGACCAUGUAAUUCUCGCAACCCACUCCGACACCUCACUCCGCAUCCUCCGCCAAGGGACAGGAGUUACGGCCGACGAAGAAAAAAUACUGGAGUCAUUCUUAUGGAGCAAAAAUAGAGCUGUGCUUCAUUCGGAUGUUGGCCUUAUGCCCAAACGGCGCGCGGCGUGGUCAUGCUGGAAUUAUUUGACAUUCUCAGAGAUAAAUGCCCAAGGAGAAAAGAGAGCGAAUGUCAAUGAGGUAUCCUUAACCUAUUGCAUGAACCACCUACAACACAUCGACGAAAACUAUCAUGGGCCUGUGCUGGUUACAUUAAAUCCUCCUUUCGAACCUCGUCCUGAACUGGUGAUUGACCAAUCACUGUACGAACAUCCGGUCAUGAGCGCGCAGAGUAUUGCUGCACAAGCACAACUCCCCAAGAUUCAGAAUAUACGUGGGAUAUCAUAUGCCGGCUUCCAUGAAGACGGUUUUACAUCAGGUCUUAGAGCUGCGACAUCUAUCUCUAUCCCCGGACUUAAACUCAAGCUCCCGUUCUCCAUCGCCUCUCCGGAUCGCGCAAGCGGUUCAGUCAUCAUACGAAAGUUGGGUGAAAACAUCUUUGGGACGCUCGAAUCCAUUAGGUACAUGAUGAGUGUCGUGAUCUGGUGGGCUCUCGGAGCAAUAGGUGCGGCAGAUACGCCGAAACAGAAGAUAAAGUAA